AGUAAAGAAAAAAUACAAUUAGAACCUAGAUUGUCGAUUUCACGUCUUUGCUCCGGCCGCCAUGUUGGCAAAAUGGACGCAUUCAUACGCGCAUGCGUGCUGCUUGCAUUAUGUCUCGGCUGGGUUCAUAUAACUGCAUACAACAUCCGCAACCACCCAUGCUGCCAAGAACCCAACGAGAAUCUGACGCUGGCCAUGAUAAUCGACGCGUUCGAGAUCUAUGGCCACGACCCCACUGACAAGCUGGACAACCUGUGGCUAUACCAGAAUGAGAUGCUGAGGAUCAAGACUGCUGAAGACCAGUAUUUAAUCAAUGAACGGGUUCACAUUGCCACCGACCAUUUGGGGCGAUUCAUAAAACUACACAUACAGGAAUUAAAGGUCCUCCUCAUCACCCUGGACGACGUGAUCGACAACAUGCUGACCAUGUACGAGAAUCACAACUCCAUCGCUGCAGAGAGGAAAGCGACGUACACUGGCGGUCCGGUACCGACAGAAUUCUACAUGAGUCAAGAAUACUACUGCGGCAAGAACGUAUACAUCUUCAUGUCGGAGAUCUACAGCGACAUCUACCACAUGGGCCGAGGAGUGGCACCUUACUGCAAGGAGCGGUCGUUCGUCUUCCUCGGCUUCCUGCACUACCACGACGAACAGAAGUACUACCUUCUGGACGACCCCAGCAUCUCUUUCCCGACCGACAACUUCUUGCACGGACUCGAGUGCCAUUUGGGAAUUUGUAUCUUUAGGUUUCCCUUCAAGAAGCUUCUCCAGCGAGAUCGUGACGUCACGUCUUUACCCAAAGCGAUCGUCAAGUGCGGUCUGGUGAUGUACAAACUACCCCCUCUAACGGCGUCUUCGUGCAUCAUCACAUCAGGGUCUUUUAUCCUCGACUUCAACAUCCAAGGGCUGCGGUAUAGGCAUCACGACUACCUCUUGACGAUACCCAACGGCCAGACGUACUACACGAAGGAGAGAUCCACGCCGCUGGUAUGCAGGCAUCAUGUUUGCGAGUGGAACUACACAAACCAUUAUGGAGGCCCGUUCCUAGUGCCCGGCGACCCAGGAACAGGCAUUGACCCCGUGCCGCCGUACGUGGAGCCCACUCCGAAACCUGACGACGACGGCGGAGACGGAGACAACAUCACCGUGCCUUAUAUUCUAGAGGGUUGUAUGUUCGUGUACCCGCCAAAUUACGGCUCCAUUGCAGGCAAAAGUUAUCUGGACUCUGUGGACCUCCACGACGACCGGUUCACCUGUAACGCUGGAGGCAAGCAGGGUCUGUACUGGUACCCUCAAUGGAUGGGCGCGAUGCCAGCGGACGCGUACGACGGCAAAGACGACUUCGAAGCCCCGGGUCCCUACUACCCCCACCAGAAACACUACGACGAGCCACCUGAAGAUUAGUACUUAUAAAAUAGUAAAAUACUUAUAGCUGAA